GAAGCAAGUACCGACAUAAUCCUCAUGGGGCUCAGGAUUUUUCCCCUCAUUGGUUGCCUGGAGCUCCGGGACCACCCUGGAUUCACAGCAGCGGGAAUAAGAGCAGCUGCUGGUGCUGAGAGGCAUUAGAAGCACUGCCCAUCUUACGUCUCCUUUCUCCGCCAGUGCCAUCGCCUGCCACCAGCGCGGUUGUUGCUUCUCCCUCUUGGGCUCCAAGCUACCUGGUUCCUGCAUCCAGAGGGGCACCAUGGGCUUCUGGAAGUUCCCCCCCUUCCUGAUCCUCAGCAUCCUGGUCCUGUACCAAGCAGGAAUGCUCCAUGCCGCGCCAUUCAGGAUGGCCUUGGGGAGCAGCUUUGAUUCUGCCACACUCACGGAAGAGGAAAUGUCCCUCCUACUGGUUGCAAUGGUGAAGGAUUAUGUGCAGAUGAAGGCCACUGUGCUGGAGCAGGAGACAGAGGACUUCAGCAUCACCACCCAGGAGAGAUCCUGCAACACUGCCACCUGUGUGACCCACAAGAUGGCAGGCUGGCUGAGCAGAUCUGGGAGCGUGGUUAAGAACAACUUCAUGCCCACCAACAUGGGCUCCAAAGUCUUGGGCCAGCGCCGCAGACAGCCUCAGGCCUGAGCUGUGAAAUGACUCUAGAAAGAAGUUGAACUCAAGUUGCUUUCACUGCAAAGUUGCUUUCACUGCAAAUUAAAAGAACUAAUUUGAAAAAUAGCAUGGAAGACACACAUAUAUGCAUGCUUCUUGCUUGAAAUACAACUAUUUGCUUGAAACAAACUAAACCUAAAUGCAGAAUAAAAUCAUUGCAGUUACCUGA